GAGUGAGAGUGAGUGAAUUUGACAUGUAUCGGCAAAGUUAUCGUUUUGUGAAUUCGUAUGAAAAGAUGUAAACAAUGCCAUUUAUAUAUCAUUUAUGACCAGCAACAUUUUCAUUCAUUUGUGCAAUUCUUUGUUUCGGACAUUUUUUUCUCUCUAUUCAUUCAAUCAACAAUUUUCAUUGCAUUUACUUGAAUAGACGCGAACGCAAGAAUUUCUGCAAUUUAAUUGCGUUGGCCGAAAAAUUGCUGUGAAAAUUUUCCAUUCGGAUAGAAUCGGUGAAAGGGUUUUUUGGGAAGCGUGCGCAUUCUUCAUUCUACUUAAAAUCCAUCCGAUAUUUGAUAGGCACACAAAGCACAAUCGGAAUAAAAGGAAGGACAUUUUUACACCGAAAAACGUUUUACUUCUUCGCGGAGGACGGAGAGAAAGAGCGAUUCUGUGUGUUGUUGUUUUUCCCUCGCUCUCACCGCACAUAUUUCGUGAGAGAGAGAGAGAGAGAGAGAGAGAGAGAGAGCAUGUGAAACGAGCCGAAAGAAAGAAAGAAAGUAUAAAAUGUAUGCUAUUUCAAACCGCACACCGUAAAUGGGACUAUCUCUUGCAUAGCCGUGGAUAAAAUAUUGGAGCACGCCAUUCGACGUCGUUUUUGCUGUUCUCAGUAUCGUGUGUACGUACUCUCCAAGAGCCAAAAUAAAAAAUCAAUAUUUUCUUCAACUGAGAUUGCGUAGCCCUAUUGGGGCGUGAAUUUUUUUUCCCCUAACAUUCUCGGACGAUUCACGAGUGAAAUAAUUUUUCGUUUUCGCCUUUAUAACACAUUUUUAUGCAUUGGUACGAAAGUGGUGUGUAUGCGGGGAAGGAUAUUUCUCUAGUUGCCUUGGCAGUAAUUACAUAACUGGAGCACUCGAAUAACAACACGGGAAUUGAAUUGAAAACAGCAAACGAAUGAGGCAAAACAUCACACGAAACAAAUUGCAUUUGAAGUUCAACACUGAAUGUGUGUGUACAUGUGUGUUCUUCACAAUUUUCAAGUGACAAAUUCAUUAAUUGCUAAUUUAAAGCGUACUUAAAUGGUGUGUGUAUGUUUGAAAAUUGAGUGGAAAUUGUUUCGCAAGGAGAUAGAGUGUAAAUUAGUUUGAAACAAGACCACGACGACGACGACGACGACGACGACGACGACGAAUAUCAGGCUUCAUUUUUUCGCCAGUGUCAGAAGUGUGUAAAGUGCAUGGUGUAUAACAGAAGAGUCCGUGUGUUAUUGUACGUAUACGAGGUGCAUUGAUUUUAUCUCAUAGAAGAAGAAAAAACAACGUACAAGAAUUAACAGAGAAAAAAAAUAAGGAGAAGCAAAGAGAAGGAAAGGAAAGAAGAAAAAAACAACACACCAGCAACAACAGUACCGAAGAGAAGAAGAAAAAGAUUCAACGUAUAAGAUAUAUAAUACAAACUUACCUACAUGGAUGUUGUUUAUUGUGCAUGUGUGUGCGAUUAAUAUGCUGUAUGUGAAGAUCAUGAACGCCUUUUUUCGGAACAUCAAUAUUUUCAUGCUUGAGAAAAAUGGAAUGGAGUUUAUCUCGUAUUAAGCGGAAUGAUUAUAAACAUGUAUUUUUGGAUAGUAUUUUCUUAUUUAUGUUUUGAUUUUGCAAGUUCAGUUCAAGUUAGUUUUGACAAGGCCGAUAGCGGAUUUUUCUUUAAACAUUCAUCAAUACAACCGCAACAGCAACUAUUAAACAAUCCGAUCACCGAUCUUAAAAAUACACAAGCAUCCAGCAAGGAGAAUAAAGAUUCAGUUUUAUCGUUUAAUCGUUUUACCGUCGCACAAGCCAAUCAUCCAGUAUCGAUACGCGCCAGCUAUGGACCAUUUUCAACGAAACAAACCGUACCAGCGCGGUACAUUGUACCCGAAGAUUCAGACAACUUUGGCUAUCAGACUAAGUCCGAUGGCAAAGUUAGCUAUGAUAUAAAACAAACGACAAAUUACUUAGACAUAUCAGCUAGCUUAGUGCGGAAUUAUAUACCGCGAGAUUCGCCUGUACUACGUGUUCUAUUUCACGGUGCCACUGAUGCCGGCGUUUAUUUACAACGAAGAAAAAUCUGCAUCCUACUACAUGUUACAUUAGAUUCGCAUAAACCGUUGCGAAAUCAUUGUAUGCCCGAUGGUGAUGAAAAUGUGUGCGUUGCCGAGGUGGUCAUACCGCCCGAUUGGUGGCCCAAAUUAUCACCGCCCGACAAAGACGGUCACACGAACACCGUUAAAAUGCCACAGCCAAUGGUACAAGUGUCAUACAGUGUAUUCGAACCGCCAGCCAAAAAUCCAGAACAAUGCGAGCCGAAAGUACAAAUACAACCAGCUACUGUAUUUGCUCAGGUGCCAUUGACACCAGCAUUAACCGCUUAUAAAGAACAUAAAGUUGAUAAUCUGCUAACAUUUUUAAUUCCACAUCAACCACUUUACCCAUUAUCCAAAGUUCAUAUUCCAGUAUUUCUACAAUCAAAAUCUGCACAAAACAUAGCCAUAUUCGUAGUGAGAGCACGAGCAAAAUCAGGUGUUAAGAUUUUGGGAGCAACUGCCACAACUGAUCAAUGGAAUGUUUCGUUUGAGUCAGAAAACACUAAACAAACGGUCGCUCGCGUAACGAUUUUCCGAAAUGAGCAAGAGAGUGAGAGCACUUCAUCGCCACCCAGCCUCGAUGAGAACGAGGUGCUCGAUAUAUUUUCAUGGUUAAUCGAAGUCGAGAAUGUAACAAAAGAGAAUCGAGACAGUGCAAAGAUCAUUUGGUCGGUGAAUUUCGUGCAGGAUGCCGGUCGAAUGCAGAACUACUCAUCUGAAGUACUUACAACAAUGCCAUUUGAUGGAAAACGCCAGAAGAUUAUUGCACGUUUUCAGAUUAUGAAGGACGAUAUUCAAUCAAUUCUACCUAUAGCCAAGGAUCGCGAAUUGAUGAAUACGGCCGUGCUUACGGGUCGUCAAGUGUACAAGGCAAUGAAAGUUUUCAUUGUUUCUCAAAGUGGUAAGGUUGCUGAUAUAACCCUUCAAAGUUCGUGCCAUUCAGAAGACGAAAGUGUCAUAAAGGUGUCAACAUCCUGCAGCUCUGUUUACGUUGAUGGAACUGAAACAGAAGGAUCGUCAAACGCUUCAAUUGUUAUCAAAUACGGUUCGAAUUCUGGAUUGGCUCGUUUCACCGUAUGGAUGCCAGAGUAUCCAUUGGAAGUGGCUGUGACCGAUUUUCGUUUGUCACAGAUCAAAGGAUGGAAAAUUCCCGUCGAUGCUAAAAACGAACAUCACAAAGAGAAACGACGCAAGCGAGCCAACACAUGGUACAAGAGUUCGGAAGAAUUGGGAAAUGGAUCCGAUAAACAUACAUGCCGAACGCGUUACCAACAAACUCCCGUCGAAGUUUAUGCACGUUUCAUUGCUGUUGAUCAGCAUUCUGGACGCGUUAGUUCGUACUUAACACGAAAGAUGGCAUUGCGCAUAACCGAACUCGUUGAACCGUUCAUUCGUGUGGCUGAUCCAAAAAUCGCCACACUCAGCGGUCGCAUACUUCAGGGUCGUACAAUGGGUCGUACCGAUGUGCAGGUGUUGUCGCCAAUCAAUGGUCGCGUGAUUGGUUCCAAAGAAAUUCGCGUUGGCAGCGACAAAGUCACUAUUUCUCGGCUGUCCGUUCAGGUUGUGACCGGCUUGCAGUUGAAUAUCAACUCAGAUGGCAUCUUAGAAAACGGGUAUAUUGCCGAAACAUUGGUCACCAGACACUUAACCGCACAAUAUCAAGAGGGUUUGCUCGACAUUGAUAUUGAAUUCUCCGACGGCACAAAAACACCGUUACGCGACGUGAGCGCCGAUAAUUACUAUCUGUUGGUUGAGAGUUUGGAUACCGAAGUGGUUGCAUUCGCUCCAAUGCUGGCAUCGAGCUAUCCGAGAGUGAUUGCCGUGGGUGAGGGAAAUGGUGAUCUUUUGCGCGUAACAUUGCUAUUACCCGAAGACUGUCGAGCUAAACGGAACAAUCAAUUCAAUAAACAAGCAUUCAAAGAUGCACAAGGUCCGCUUGCGUCAACAUUGGCAUCGGUUCAAGUUGAUUUCAAUACCGCUGAAUUUCCAGACAGCCCAGAUACAUUCCAAAACGAUGGGGUCGGUAGUCGUGAUCGCAAAACGAACCAAGACUCAAAUUCACUCACCGAUAUCCUAAUCGGCAUACCAUAUAAUGAUGAAAAGAAACCAAACGGUGACUCUCUAUCGAAUCGUCAUGGCAUUUUCCCGUUGCAACAUUCGUCGGCCACAUCUGCUCUGGAAAUUGGAAUGUAUGUGCUGCUAUCCACAUUUUGCUUCGCUAUCGUAGUGUUUGUAGUAUCGUGUUUUGUUUACGCUUCCAAGCAUAAAAUGAUGAAUUUUGAGAAUAAUAACAAAGAUCGACCGGUGGUUGGUAUGACAACGGCCGGCAAUGCUACAUCUGCAUCUGGUCAUUUCCCUAUUCUACGUGAAUCGCGUAAGAACCGUGAUUCCACCACAAACGCACACAAUUGGGUCUGGCUUGGGCGUUCAACAAUGGAUCGUUCGUCGAUGAUUCGUGAAAAUAACGACCAUUUCGUUAAUCCCAGAGACUCGAAAAUUCGCAUCACACGAAACCCAUUACCACUUAAUUAUAUGGAAGCUCCCGAUUCCAUACAACAAGCAUCGACUUUUGACGAUAUCAGUCGAAUCAAUCGCGAUGCCCGUUUCAGCAUUGCUGGACCCUCCUACAGCAAUACUCAUGAAGCUCCCUCGCAUUCAGAACCGUCUACAAGCGUCAAUUUAAGAAAGCACCACCAUUGCCGUGGGCUAAACCGCAAUGAAGACUAUAGACCACCAGUCCCACCUCAUAGAAAUAUAGGCAUAACUGCAAAUGUUGUAAGAAAUAAUGUGUAAUCAGCCGCUAGAUGUGUACGCAUUAGAAUCAUUUCUCACAUUUAAAUUAUUUAAUUACAAAAAUGGAAAGAAACAAAAACAAACAAAAAAAUUAUUGCUACUAUUAAAUUUACCAUAAGCUAUAUAUGAUUUUGUUAUGCAGUACAAAGCAAGAGGACUAAGUAAGACAAUGAAUGAAUGAUUUUUGUUUUUAAUUGUAAAAUGCCAUUUGUUUUUUUUUCUCUUGAAUUUAUCUCAAUCUUUUCUUUUAUUAAUAUUAUUUUGUCACGUGAAAUACAUUUAUAUAGAUAUUAUAUACAAAUAUACAUAAAAACUGUGUGCUUCAAUUCGAAAAUGCAAACUAAAAAAAACACAAAAUGAUAGAAAUUCUCAAUUUUCAUUGAAGGAAACAGAUUCAUUCUUAUUUAUAUAAACAUGUCAUAAUUGAAAGGAAAUUUUUGUCGCUUAGCUUUUCCAACGGUAUAUAAAUUAUUUCGUUUGCUUCAGAGCAUUGAGCUUAUUUGACUGGAUCACGCUCGGACUUUAAACUAGAUGUAACACAUUUUCUUUGUUUUGUUUUUUCGAUUAAAUUCAUUGAGAUUGUCAACCGGGCAGCAAAAUUGUAUAUCGAAAUCGUUAACAGAUUUUGGAAUAAAGUGAAUUUGCACUUCAGAUGUAGCUACAA